AAGGUAAAUUCACACACACACGCACAACUCUCAUAGUCACAAAUAAACAUUUAUACACACUGAUCGGACGUUCUCAGCUGUUCGACUCGGGUGUGGCUACUGUAACAGUACCGUUAAACGACCCGGUAACAACAAACGGUUGAAGUUUUCAGGGAGUCAUGGACAUUUUUAAAGGGGAGACGAUGUUAAAGGUCCAGCAGUUGAGGGAUCAGUUUGAUAACCUAGAAAAGCAUACGCAGUGGGGAAUAGACUUUGUGGAAAAAUACACCAAAUUCGUGAAGGAAAGAUCAGAGAUCGAGCUUAACUAUGCAAGACAGAUCAGGAAUCUGUCCAAGAAAUACCAGCCUAAGAAGAAAGAUGAAGACGAAAAUAAGUACACGUGGUGUCGGUCGUUUCAUUCGACGCUAAAUGAGAUGAACGAUUAUGCCGGCCAACAUGAGCUCAUCGCUGAGAACAUGACAUCACAGAUCAUCGCCGACCUGACGCGAUACACGCAGGAACUCAAAUCAGAGAGGAAAGCGUAUUUCCAUGAUGGGCGGAAAGCACAGCAACAAAUUGAAACCAGUUGGAAGCUGUUGGAGGCUUGCAAGAGGAAGUUUGAGCGGGAGUGUAAAGAGGCCGACCGAGCUCAGCAGUAUUUUGAGAAGAUGGACGCAGAUAUCAAUGUGACAAAAGCAGAUGUGGAGAAGCGAUGUUAUCUUAAGGCACGACAACAAGCACAGAUGAGACACCAGAUGGCUACUGACAGCAAGAAUGAAUAUUCCGCGUACCUGCAAAAAUUCAACCAGGAACAGAACGAACAUUAUUACACCAUCAUCCCCAAUGUUUUCCAGAAGAUCCAGUUGAUGGAGGAGAAGAGGAUAGAGAGAAUCGGCGAAUCGUUGAAAACGUACGCGGAGGUGGACCGACAGAUUCUGCCCAUCAUCGGGAAAUGUCUGGAUGGAAUGACACAGUCGGCCGAAUCCAUCGAACCCAAGACUGACUCAUCUCAGGUGAUAGAAUCAUAUAAAUCUGGCUUUGAGCCUCCAGGAGACGUCGAGUUUGAAGACUACGGUCAGGCGAUGAAGAGAACGGUGUCUGAGACGAGCCUCACUAACUCGCGCUCGGACAGCAAAGUAGAUCGCUCCAGCAAGGCCAAGACUAAAACUCUCUGGCCUUUCAAGAAAAACAAGCUUAUGUCCCUGUUAACGUCCCCCAUACCCCGCCAGGCCCCCCCUGACCCUCCCUCACCUUCUGCUGUGACCCCUGACCCCUGCCCCACUCCUCAGACCCCCAAACAGUCCAAGGAGCCCCUGUCCCACCGAUUCAACGACCUCAUGACCUCCAAGCCCAAAAUGCACUGCCUCAGGAGCCUCCGGCGAGGGUCUGCCCAGUCUCUAUAUUAUAAUAAAGAGAUAAUGAAGAGGACUCUCGGCCGGCCUACAUAUGCGUUUGAGGCCAGGCAGUAUGUUCUGUCUCUGAAGCUGCUCUCACUCAAUGCCCACGUGCGGAACCUUAUUGAGGGUUCAACUCCUGAGGAUUUUAGUCAUUUGCCUCCAGAACAGAGAAGAAAGAAACUUCAGGCUAAGAUAGACGACAUCAAUAAAGACAUACAGAAAGAGAUGGAUCAAAGAGAUGCUUUGACUAAAAUGAAGGAGGUUUAUGUGAAGAACCCACAGAUGGGGGAUCCUAACAGCGUAGAUCCCCGGUUAGCAGAGAUCGCCAACAAUAUUGAUAAACUGCAGAUGGAGGCUCAGAAGUUUGAGGGCUGGUUAGCGGAGGUAGAGGGAAGGAUGCCAGUGAAGAGUGACCCUCCGAAGCGAACGAGUGUCCUGUUCGAGACCCAAAACAGUACACCACCCACUAACAACAAUUGUGCACAGGACAGAGAGAGCAGUCCGGAUGGCAGUUAUACAGAGGAACAGAGUUCUGAGGUCCAGAAUAAAGUCCAACCAGAACCACCAGAGUUUGACGAGUUUGAUGAUGCAGAUGAAGACAUGCUACCGACCAUCGGCACCUGCAAAGCCAUUUAUCCCUUUGAAGGUCACAAUGAAGGUACCAUCGCAGUGACUGAGGGUGAGCUGCUGUAUGUUAUAGAGGAAGAUAAAGGUGACGGAUGGACGCGUGUUAGGAGAAAUGAGGAAGAGGAGGGUUACGUCCCCACAUCUUACGUCGAAGUCUUUCUGGACUCCAGCGCCAAAGAUAUCAAAAUUGGCUUUGACAGUCAAUGAUGUGUAUACACAGUACCUAAAGACACAUUAUUGACAUUCGUAAAGUUUGGAAGGAGGACUCAGUGGUGCAGGGCAAACAGCAACCACAUGUGGGGAAAACUACAGCCAACACUUCAUGGCCAACCUAGAGUGAGACAGAGAGAGAGAGAGAGAGAGAGAGAUUAUAGAGGUCUCUCGGCCUAAACGCGUUUGUAAAUCUCCUGCUGUAGAGAGGAACAGCAAAUCAGAGGAAUGAGAAAUAUUAUGACAUUAGAUUUAUUACCUGUUUGUUAUUUUAUAAUAAGGUGAAUUUGAUCUGCGCAUCAUUUUGCUUUACGGCUGAGCUUCGCUGAACAGUGCUAAAUUUGUUUCGGCUCGUGCGCGCGUGUGUGUGUAUGUUUGUCUGUCUUGUUUGUGUGUCCCUGAUCUGUCCCAAACUAAAAUCCACAAUGAACCAUUAAAUGUGGCCUGUUAAAGGAAAUAAACCCUCAGUCUGCCACAUCCAAAACAAAGGUUUAUAUCUUGAUAUCUUACGUUUUUUCUUUGGUGCGAAGUACAGUAUAAAGAAACAAAUUACAAUGUAUGAUGUAUGUAUGAUCAUAGAUAUAAAAUUGACUCAUUCUGGAAGUCUGCUCCUUUAUCAGGCCACACCCCUUUAUACUCUUUGAGGCGGGGCUUCGCUGACCAACAGCAUGUCUGCUUGCCCUGGCACCUCCUCUGUCUCCGCCCUUCCAGUGCACUUACUCAAACCUUAUUUGUUUGUUAACCGUUCAUCAUUUCUUACUCCACUUUUACUUUUGUCAUGACAUGAUUUACAUUUUCCUUCAUCCAGUGAUUUUUUAUCCGUCCAAUCGCUGCUCGGCACACUCAAGCAAGCACUGCUUCAUUUGCUGGAUGAUGAAGCGGCUUUUUUCUGUUAACACGUGAUAUAUACAUACAUGAAUAUGGUGACCUGUUAAUAUGGGUAUGUAUUUAUCGUGAUGUUCAUGGUUUUACCCUGUGGAGUACCCAGAAGCUUCAUUUACCUGGGAUCUUAUGAAACGUAUGUGAUGGUUUUUAAUGUAUCCUGAGCCAAAUGUACAGGUUAAACAGAUGAUUGAUGUGCAGCGGGUGCGUGGCCUUCAUAUCUUAACCUGAAUUUAUGAAAGACUGGACUCCAUACUUGAGGUUUUUAAUUAAAUCAGUUUAUUUUAUUGUACUUACUAUGGUUUGACAGUUUUCUUUCCUGUAAUGUCAAUGAAGAGAUUUGUAUUAUUUCAAUGACUACUCGUCACUUCUUGAGGCACAUAAUCAUUUUUAUAUUUCUUUUAUAUUUUUUGUCACACCCAUUUGAGGUUUUAGGAUGACUAAGUCUAAUAAGGGUUUAUUCUCACUUUUACAGCCAAUCAAAUUUAUUCUCAUGCCACAAAACUGCUAUUUAAAGUUGAAGAAGAUCUUUUUUGUGUUGAAAUAUGCUUUUUUAACCUAGCUAAAGCGUCUGCAUGUGACUCUAUUAAAACAUCUUAAACCGCUCUGUUUGUUUGAGCAUCCCGUCCUGUUCGAGAUACGGUUCGACUUUGGGCGCAGCGGUCUGUUUGUCCAAACAAUGGAGUUAAGUGUUAAGGAAAUCGUUGCGAAAAACAUUACUUUUGCAAUUCCGUUAGGCUCUAAAAAUACACAUUUCACAUUUAAUGCUGAAAGCUUUUAUUUUCGAUUUAGUUAUUUUAUGUUGAAUGAAUUGCACAUUCUUUAUGUAACAUAACUGACCGACUCGCCAUUAAUGAAACUGUAAAUACGAAGAAGUGUAAGUAAUGAGAAAGUUAUGAAAAAUAAAUCAUUAGACUUGUCUUCCAAACACAAUAAUCAUCUUAAGUGCUCUGUUUCUAUUUGAGAUCACACAACGAUUGCGAGCAUUUCCAUUUUUUGAGCCCAUAGUUUUAUGCUGUUUUCAGUCACUAUAUGGCAAAAACACAAACUUUUGUUUCUGUAAGAGAAGAUAUCUCGGCCUCUAUGACAUGAAAUCAGCUGCCCUGUCCCGUAUUCGCUCUCUUGGCCUACAAAACACCAUUCCCAAAUAAGAGAAUUAUAAAUAUAUAUGUAUAUCUAUAAGUGUCUAUAAAUAAGAGUGAACUACCAAACCAUGGUAAGAGUCUAUUUUUAAAUUUUGAUGAAAAAAGUGUCCCAGCUUCUUUUUCUGCUUUGCUAAAUUAAAUAACCUUUUUUUUUUUGAUGGGAUCUGCCAACUGUUUGUUUUGCACUUUUUUGUUUGUUUGUUAUGCUUGUAUUUUUGAGCACUGAAUACUUUGUAUGUGUUAACUGUGCCAAUUAAAAAUAGAUGGGAAAA